UAGCGAGAGAGCGAGAGAGCUUAGAGUUUUGUGAUUACAGCGAGAGAGACAGAAAGAGAGAGAGAGAGAGAGAGAGAGAGAGAUUAAGCGUACACAACUGUUGUCUUAAUCCUCUGAGCGGAUAGAUUUAGACGGAAAAACACUGCUGGUUUGGAGCACAGCAGCCAUUUUUAUGGACCGUUUGAGGAAAAAGUGGACUUGGAGGAGGAAGACAGCAGCCUGAGGGAGAACAGAGGAAAACUUUUUUUUCUUUUUUUGCCUCGGCUUUUCACUUCCCAGCUGCUACUGACUGCCCACUUCACUUCUUCACUUCUUCACUUUAUCUAUUUAUUUAUUAACUUACUUCAUUUCGUAUUUGUGACCCCCACAAGGCAGAGGCGAGCAUGAAGGACCGACUGGAGCAGCUGAAGGCGACUUGUGACCAUGACGACGAGGAUGUUCAGAUCGCUGUGGUUAACCCAGCGUUCAUGGACGAUUUUUUUUCCCAGAUUGAAGAAAUCAGAAUCAGCAUUGAUAAGAUUGAUGAAAAUGUAGCUGAAGUGAAGAAACUUUAUUCCGUUAUACUGUCUGCGCCGACAUCUGAUCAGAAAACACAAGAUGACCUGGAGGCCCUUACCAAUGACAUUAAGAAAAUGGCAAACAACGCACGCAACAAGCUGAAGACCAUUGAGAGGGAUCUUGAGACAGGGGAAGAGGAACGAGUGUCAGCUGACAUGAGAAUACGCAAAUCACAGCAUGCAGUUCUCUCCAGGAAGUUUGUGGAUGUGAUGACGAAAUACAAUGAAGCUCAGGUGGACUUCAGAGACAAGAGCAAAGGACGUAUCCAGAGACAGUUAGAGAUCACUGGUAAAGUCACUACUGAUGAGGAGCUGGAGGAAAUGUUGGAGGGGGGCAAUGCAGCGGUCUUCACUGCUGGGAUCAUAGAUUCAGGAAUCUCCAAGCAGGCGCUGAGCGAGAUCGAGUCUCGUCACAAAGACAUCGUCCGGCUGGAGAGCAGCAUAAAGGAACUACACGACAUGUUCUUGGACAUCGCCAUGCUCGUAGAGAGUCAGGGUGACAUCAUUGAUAACAUAGAAGCGAAUGUGUCAAAAACAGUGGAUCAUGUUGCAGUAGCAAAGAUUGAAACAAAGAAAGCAGUCAGGUAUCAGAGCAAAGCACGGAAGAAAGUGGUGAUUAUAGUGUGUGUUGUAUUGGUGCUUCUUGGCAUCAUUGCUUUGAUAAUAGGGCUGUCUAUAGGACUUAGACAGGCAUAAGUCACUAUAGCUGCUGAAAAAUGAUCAUCUUGGGUGUGAUCUGUGCUGUGGUUUUGGUCAUCAUCAUUAUCAUCAUACUCACACAGACACUCUGAGACCACACCCAUUUCUGUGACUCCUCCCACUCUAGUCAUUUAUCCGUCUGUGGCAUUCCCGGUCCCUCUUUUCUCUCUCAUCCCUUCUCGAGAAGUGCGACAGAAGUUAAACACCCUCCUCAUCUGUCACUGUGUCCUCCUGCGCUCCACUGACGGAUGGACGAUUCCUCACCACGGCUGUUUGAAAGUGUGCUUUCAUUUAAAGCACUCUGACUGCUGGGGCAAUUGCAAAGCAAGUCUGUUUUGCGUGAAUGGACAGGGCUAUUUUGUUGAAGUAUGGAUUGUACAGAGAAAUAGACCUCCACUUUCUUACCUUGACAUUUUUAAUAGUGUGCUUUACACCAAAGACUUGACUAAUCAUCCAUGGAACCUAAAGUGGUCUUACUGUAUUUCGUGAUUUAUUAUAUAUAUAUAUAUAUAUAUAUGUAUAUGUGUGUGUGUGUGUGUGUGUGUGUGUGUGUAUAUAUGUAUGUGUAUGUGUGUGUGUAUAUAUAUAUAUAUAUAUAUAUAUAUAUAUAUAUAUAUAUAUAUAUAUAUAUAUAUAUAUAAUUUCAACACCCUUACACUCUUAUCCAUCCAGUCAACACGUCAUUUCACGUGUGCCACAUGUGCCAUUUCAUAUACCUCUGUGGAAAAUGACUUUCUGAUUCUCUCAUGCUGAAUGCAAUUCACAACUGAGAGAUACUCUAUAACAUCAGUACUUGUCGGAUUUACAUUUCUUUUCAUGAAACACUCAGUGAUCAUUUAUAGACUUUUGGCCAUGCUUUUAUCACCUGAUAUUUCUGUCAUAAGGUCCCAUGUUUUGAUCAAGGUCCAUAUAUGAUGAUGUGUAAUAAUUUGCACUAUCAUGAAUGUCUCAUUUCACUGGAAUUUGAUUAAUAAUAAUAAUAAUAAUAAUUAUUAUUAUUAUAAUUAUAAUAAUAAUCUAACUUAAAAGCAAUUUAAAGAGGCUCAGUUGGGUAUUCAGUCAUCAACAGAACCCACAACUAGGAAGGAUAAAGUGCAAUUAAGUUGUGUUUUUAAAUUUUCACACUUUCUUGUAAAAAAAAAAAAAUAUCUAUAUAUGUCACUUGAGGAAUAAAUGAUUUUAUAUUUUUAA